AUAUAUCUCUUGUUAUAUAAUAUAUAUAUUAUAAUUAAUUUAUUUUUAUUUUUUAAAGAAAACCCAAUCAAGUCUAGCCUGGAUUUUGCUCUGAUUGUGUUUUGGUUUCUAGUGGUGGGGGCAAGUCUGACACUUAACAACUUAACUUGGUCUCUUUAAAGUCUGACACACAAACAAGUUAAAAAAAAAAAGCAGACUAAGCACAUCCGUUAGUUUUUCUUUGCACAAAUCAAGUGGUGCUCUCUAGGUGAUGGAUAUGAUUGUAUAAAGUAGCUUGAUUUUAUGCUUUUUAAAUGUCAUUUUUUAUUUUCUCCCCCAUUGCUUCCCCUCCCCUUGUUAUGCACAAAAGUUGCCCAGCACACCAUCAGAAAGUGUGAUGACCCUCCCUGAAACCCUGUUCCUGUGGAAAAAUCUUGCCAGCAGGAUAAUAUUGGACACCGCUUGCUACAGAAGCAUGGCUGGAAGCUGGGCCAGGGCUUGGGGAAAUCUCUCCAGGGAAGGACAGAUCCCAUCCCGAUUGUCGUCAAAUAUGAUGUCAUGGGCAUGGGACGGAUGGAAAUGGAGCUUGAUUAUGCCGAAGAUGCCACAGAACGGAGGCGGGUCUUGGAAGUGGAGAAGGAAGACACCGAAGAACUGAGACAGAAGUACAAGGAUUAUGUUGACAAAGAAAAGGCGAUUGCCAAGGCCCUUGAGGACCUUCGAGCAAAUUUUUACUGUGAGCUCUGUGAUAAGCAGUACCAGAAGCAUCAAGAGUUUGACAACCACAUCAAUUCCUAUGACCACGCCCACAAACAGAGGUUGAAGGAUCUCAAGCAAAGGGAGUUUGCUCGCAAUGUUUCCUCGAGAUCCCGGAAAGAUGAGAGGAAGCAGGAGAAAGCCCUCCGUCGUCUCCACGAGUUGGCUGAGCAGAGGAAGCAACCUGAAUGUGCUCCAGGAAGCGGGCCGAUGUUUAGACCCACUACUGUGGCAGUAGACGAGGAAGGAGGAGAGGAUGACAUCGAUUCAGCAGCUCCCAGCAGUUGCUGCUCUUUCUCACCAGCUCCUGGGCCAGUGGCCAGUAUGACCACAGACAAGGGUCUUGUUUGUGCCACUGGGCAAACUAGUAGCAACAUCGGGCUUGGGCAGGUACCUGUCCAGGUACCGCAAGCCAUCAGCGCAGGGGUUAACCCCCUUAAGAUAGGCGUGUCUUUCUCAUUUGCCAAAAAAGCCCCUGUGAAACUAGAGUCAAUUGCCUCCGUCUUCAAAGACCAUGUUGAUGAGUCCAGUUCUCCCGAUGAUGAAGUCAAAGCGGAUGAGAAAGCCCAGCCCGAUCCUGGAGCCUUGGGGAAAUUUGGGGAGGUCGAGGGGACAAACAGCCCUGACAGCAAAGGCGACGAAGAGGAGCUAGUGCACGAGAAGGAAGGUCUAAACACCACCCUGUCAAAGCUGAAAAAGAUGAAGCGAGACGAUGGCCCGAUGGCACUAGAGCCAGAGUAUUACCACUACAUCCCGCCUGCUCACUGCAAGGUGAAACCGAACUUCCAGUUCCUGCUAUUUAUGAAGGCCACGGAGCAAGUCGAAGCAGAAGCCAUGAGCAAGAAAAUGGCGCGCGAAAGGAAGCAGAGUAACUCCCCCAAGCCCAAAGCGGCAAAGAAUAGUGAGAAGGUGGCAGUAGCAGAGUGUGCCACCCACCAGAAGGAACCAAGUCCUUCCAGCAAAGGCAGCAAAACUGAAGUUAAGGACCCUCCAGCAGAGGCAGGCGGGCAAGAAGGCAAGGCACUCAAGGGAAGCGGUUCUGCGGAGUCUGAGGUCGCUAAAGAGCUUCCUCAGCUUGCGUCAACCAGUAAAGAAGGGACAGACGGGCCUAAGCAUUUGACAGGACCUUUCUUCCCAGUGCUCAGUAAAGAUGAGAGCACCACCCUCCAGUGGCCUUCAGAACUGCUGAUCUUCACCAAAGCAGAGCCCUCUGUGUCGUAUAGCUGCAAUCCCUUGUAUUUUGACUUCAAGCUGUCUCGCAACAAAGACAUUAAAGCUAAAGGGGCGGAGAAACAGAAAGCUGCAAGCAGCCUUCCCAAGCAAAAAGCGCCGUCUGCUGAAGAGGGCAGCGUGAGCAAGAGCAAAGAGGUGGGCGCUCCUGCGGGCACCUCCACAGCAAUGCCGGAGAGCAAGUCCCUGUCUGCCUGCAGCAAGCAGGAGUCCAAUCCUGUGUCGGCUGGCAAGGGUGAGGGGCCAGAAGACAGCAGCAAAGGCAGCCUUGUUGGCCGCAAGGACAAAGUGGGGAAAUCCCACAAGCACAAGAAGAAGAAGAAGCACAAGAAGUCCACAAAACACAAACGCAGGCGCAAAGGUGAGGCAGAAGACAAAAGCAGGGAUGGGGACCUGGCAGAAGAGAAAUCCAAGAAGCGGAAGAAACACAAACACAAAAAGAGCAAGCCUUCCUUUGCCACGGAGCUGGAGCGGACGCAAGGGGCCGACGAAACUGGCCAUCUCAAGAAAAGAAAGUGGUGUGCUCCAGACUCUCAGCGGAAGUCUCUUUCCACUGAAGAAAGCAGCAACAAGAAAGAGGACGGCGGCACCUCUUCCCAAGAGCACGGUGGCAAGAAACCCAAAGGGGACCCGCAGCAGGCAUCAUCCACCGCCAAGAGGCGGGCCUCCACCUCCACCCACUCCAGCCACAGAGGCCGGCAGAGCAGCGGUGGCUACGAGAGCGCCGAGGAUUCCUGCCACAAGCACUUCCGGCAGAAGUCUGCUUCGCAAUACAGUGACGAUUACGACUCUGGCAGCAACUGUUCCCGAAGCCGCUCCCGUUCGGGGCGUCGGCAUUCCUCCCGAAGGUCAUCCCAGAGGUCCUACUCAACGAGUUCAUAUGCCUCCUCUGACAACAGCCGGUACAGUCGGCGGCGCAGCUACUCGGAAGACAGCUACAGUGACUACAGCGACCGCUCUCGGAGCCGCACCAAGCGCUCCCACGACUCAGAGGACGAUUCUGACUACGCCAGUUCCAAGCGCAGGUCGAAACGGCACAAAUAUUCUUCUUCAGAAGACGACUACAGCCUGAGCAGGAGCAGAUCCCGGAGCCGCAGCCGAACCCACACCAGGGGGAGGUCGAGGACGAGAAGCCGGGGCAGGACGCGCAGCAGCAGCUGUAGCCACAGCCGGGGUAAGCGGCGGAGCCGCAGCCGGACUGGGCACAGCUGGAAACGGAGCAGGAGCUACAGCCGGGAGCGCAGCCGGAGUGCCAGGAGCCUCUCCCAGCGGUCUCUCUCCAGGAAGGGGUCCCGUGGCCACGAAAGCCCUGGGGAGAGGAGAUCCGCACGGCGAGACUUUAUCCGCUCAAAGAUCUACCGCUCCCAGUCCCCCCACUAUUUCAGAGGCAGACCGGGGGAAGGGCCCGCGAGGAAGGAGGAAGCAAGAGGUGAUGAAGCAACAGGGACCACUACCAGCCUCUCCCAAAACAGCGGCAACUCCAGCCUGGGGAGCAACUGCAGCUCUGAGGAGAAGAACUCUGCCACAGCUAAGCUCCUCCUGGAAAAAGUUCAGUCCAGGAAGGUGGAGAAGAAGCCCAGCGGCAGUGAGGAAUCCCCCUCAGGGCCUCACAAGGUUGGGAUCAAGCUGAAAGAUCCCCCGCAAGGCUACUUUGGCCCAAAGCUCCCUCCCUCCCUAGGCAACAAGCCGGUCCUUCCCUUGAUCGGGAAGCUGCCCACAGUCCGAAAGCCAAACGCCAAGCAGUGUGAGGAGUCUGGAUUAGGAUUGGGGACCGGGGAGGAGCUGGAGCUGUCUGAGCUUGACGAAACCCCCCACGAUGGUGGGGAGGCAGUUGCAGCAAGCCAACCCACAGUGGACGAAACUCUGGUGAUAGAGACCCAGGAGAGCCUUCUGGGUGAUCAGAAGCCAGAAGAAGCGGGCGUAGAGAUGGCUGCCAUGCCCCUGGAGCCGCCAGCCCUCCCGGAACACUUUGGAUCCGGCGACCUGCCCGUGCUGCACCCGUUCCCUGCCCCCGCGGAAAGCGAAGUUGCUGAGCCUCUGGAUGGCAGCGCCCAGCCUGUCUCCCUCGAAGGCAGGAUGGUGCCCCUGGCCCCUGAAGUGGAGCCCUUCCCCAGCUACGUCCCACACAGUGCGGAGCCGAGCAUCAGCGGGGAGGCGGAAGGCAGCGACGACUCUUCCCUGGCACCACUGGAAAGCCAGCCCAUCACCUUCACCCCGGAGGAGAUGGAGAAGUACAGCAAACUCCAGCAGGCAGCCCAGCAGCACAUCCAGCAGCAGCUCCUAGCCAAGCAGGUCAAGGCAUUCCCAGCCUCUGCCGCCCUGGCUCCAGCCACAGCUCCUGCCUUGCAGCCCAUCCACAUCCAGCAGCCAGCCGCAGCCGCAGCCACCUCCAUCACCACCGUGCAGCACGCCAUUCUGCAGCAUCAUGCUGCCGCCGCAGCCGCAGCCAUUGGCAUCCACCCCCACCCUCACCCCCAACCUCUUGCUCAAGUGCACCAUAUCCCUCAGCCCCACUUGACCCCCAUCUCCUUGUCCCACUUGACCCACUCCAUCAUCCCAGGGCACCCUGCCACCUUCCUGGCCAGCCACCCCAUCCAUAUCAUCCCCGCUUCUGCCAUCCACCCGGGUCCUUUCACUUUCCAUCCUGUCCACCACGCUGCCCUCUACCCGACCCUCCUGGCACCCCGGCCAGCGACAGCGGCUGCCACGGCAUUGCACCUCCACCCUCUCCUGCACCCCAUUUUCUCAGGACAGGAUUUGCAGCACCCUCCCAGCCACGGCACAUGAAGGAACGAGAGAGGCAGCCUCUAUCGGGAAGGGGAGGGUUAGGGGAAAGAGAGGACAGGGGCAUGUCUGUCUGUCUCUGUGCGUGUGCAUCAGUCUCUCUCGUUCUUGGGAAGGCGGCGGCUGUCUCUGGACCUGAGAACAGCCCAAGAAGGGGGAGGAUUAGGCAGGGACAGGGAGGCUCGAGAGAACAGGACUGUGAAAGAUGGGAGAGCUGUGCUGCUGGUGGUUUGCUUGCAAGGAUAUUUGGGGGCUCGUGCGCCCAGGGAGGUGGUUUCUUUGCUUCUUCAGGGAUGUGCAGCCCUUUAGCAAAUGCACCCCUUUUUUAAUUUCAAAUUAACGUGUUAUAAAUCAUUCACUACCCACUCUGAAGACCUAAAGUGGGUAUACACACCUAUCUUAUUUGGGCAUCGAUAUCAAGUAUAAAGCGUGAAAGUUAAUGAUUUGAAUCCACCUUAAAGCUUAACCCGAGCAGCAGAACCAAGAAAUACUCAGCACUUGAUCCAUCUCCUCUGUUGCCCUCUCCCCUCUCUCCAGCUCCUGUUUGGGGAACCAUGUUCAGCAGCUCCCACUGAGCACCACAAACUGGGAAGUUGCUUUUCAGUGACCAGUUUCCACCCCCAGACCAGCUUGGCAGCGCUCUCCUUUUUACACACCCUUUACGGGGCCGCUGAGAAAGCAGAGAGCAAUUCCUUUAUCAGUCCUUGAAGCAAUAUGUUGUACUGGAGUCCUGUGAACAUCCUGAACAUGACUCUGUAACUUGUACUCCUAUCCUCUGUAAUAUUGAUGGUUCCUUAUUAACUUAUGAUUUUUUUUUCAGAAGAAGAAAAAAAAAGAAUUUAAGAAAUUGCACUGAACUCUGUACAUGUCAAUGCUGCUUUUUGUAGCUCCUCUGACAAAUGUUCCAUAUUGAUAGUAUACCGCAAUAACAAUUUUUACAGCCCGUUCUUUGAGUGGUACUCGUUCAGGUGGCUUUAGUUAUCUAUACAUUUUAAUGUAGUUGGAAAGGAAAUUCUUGUCAAAGGUUCAAUGCUUCUAGUUAUGGCUAGGGCACAGAAUGAUUUCAAGCAUGUAUAUUUUAAUUGAGCUCAUUUUUUUAAAAUGUACCAUAAAAAAUACUUUCAUUUUAUAGGAGGAAAUGUCACAGGAUUUGGAAAUAAACAAAGGAGCAGGGAUCUGGACUCCUUUGUCGCAUAGCUAACAAAGUCCAUCCUGUGUAAUGACAUCUCUUGUAAUUGCUGUGAAAAGGCAGGUUUGUGAGGCAGCUGAGGUGUCGUUCACUGUGUGUUUCAGUCGGUAGCCAGGCCCCUUAAGUUUGAGAGAAACAGCCUGUUUGUUUGGCAAAGCAAACAGUCACUUUCUGGUCACAGGAAUAGAUGGGACCCACA